GUAUGUACAUGUUAAAUUGUAAUAACGUGUUUUUGAAAUUUAAAAAAAAAACAUAAUUUUUUUUUGGGAAAAAUUAAAAAUUAUAGAAUUACACCGAAAGAAGAUGGAAUUUGGAACAAACAAGAGGGACUUGUUCUACUAUACUGUUCCUUUUUAUUCAAUUUCUUCUGCUUCUAUCGCCUCCUCUCUUCUGUAUUGGGUUUAUUUUUGUUUUUCCCUUUUUCAUUUAUUCUUAUUAUUAGUAUUUUUAUUUACCUCUUCUUUUUUUCUCCAUGUGUUCUUGGUUAUCACGGGAAGAAUAUAUAGUUACCUAUCUGUAACGGGGUUGUUUUUCUUUCAAUAAAGAUUGGAUUUUUAGGGUUUUCUUCAACAAAGAUCUGAAAAAAUGGAUGGUGGGUCGGAUGGGGAAGGCAAUAGGAACCUUAUUCAGAGUUCAUCUGAAGGACCCAAGAAGCCAAAGAGGCAGAUGAAGACUCCCUUUCAACUGGAAACCCUAGAAAGGGUCUAUGCUAUGGAGACAUAUCCAUCUGAGGCCAUUCGCGCUGAGCUGUCAGAAAAAUUAGGUCUAACGGACCGGCAGUUGCAGAUGUGGUUUUGUCACAGGAGGUUGAAGGACAAAAAUACAUCAGGGGGGACAGAAAAGAAGCCACGCACUGGUGGGACAGGUGGUAAGAGAAAUUUGCCGGAGUCACCUAGAGAGGAUUUAGUGGUUGCUGAAGCUGCUAGUGACCGUGGCUCAGGAUCAGUUUCAAGGUCAGGUUCAGGGUCAGGGUCAAGUCGGUUUGAUAAUGGAGAUGAUAUGCCAGCACCGUCCAUAAGAUCUUAUGAAUCACCUAGGAGGGCAAUGGAGCGACGAGUAAUAGCUUGUAUAGAAGCACAAUUAGGAGAACCUUUACGUGAUGAUGGUCCUAUUAUUGGGGUGGAGUUUGAUGAGCUUCCACCUGGUGCAUUUGGGAUACCUAUUGAUUUGGAAGAACGUACGGACCAUUACAGACAAUCUUUUGACUGCAAAUUGUAUGGACAAUAUGAUGCUAAAGUUAAUGUUGGAUCAGCUCUCUCUCUUUCUCCGGUUCUGACAAAUGGUCAUCGUGAACCUGCUGAGCCCAAGAUUGUAUCUGAUAAAUAUGGACAAAUUGCAGCCCCUUACCCUUAUGAUUCGUCUGUUGACUGUCCUUCUAAAAACAUGGCAACCAUGCAACGCAAUGGACAUUUUGUUAGGGAAUAUGGUGUUGAAGGUCAAAGCAUUGGUAUGAUGUCUCAGCAGAGCAGGCAGAGACGCUUUCUAUCCCCUUCGCGGGAUAAUGAAUUCGUCCCUGGUAAUGAGGACAUGUUGCAAUUGGAUCGGAAGCGCAAGAGUGAAGAAUUUGGAAUGGGAAGAGAAGUUCAAGUCAAUGAAAAACGGAUGCGGAAAGAACUUGAGAAACAAGAUCUUCUACGGCGGAAAAUGGAAGAACAAAUGAAAAAGGACAUGGAGAAACAGGAUCGUGAAAGAAAAAAGGAAGAACAAAGGCUGAUGCGUGAACAGCAAAGGAAGGAGGAGCGAUUUCAGCGCGAGGAGAAACGUGAAAUGGAGAGGAGAGAGAAGUUUUUGCAGAGGGAGCUCGUGAGGGUGGAGAGGAAAAAACAAAAAGAUGAGCUACGAAAAGAGAAAGAAGCUGCAAAACAGAAGGCUGCUAUGGAGAAGGCAAUGGCACGCAGAAUUGCUAAAGAAUCAAUGGAGCUGAUCGAGGAUGAGCGCUUGGAACUUAUGGAUCUGGCUGCCUCUAGCAAAGGGCUACCAUCAAUUGCAUCUCUUAAUUAUGACACUUUGCAGAACCUUGAGUCAUUUAGAGAAUCUUUGUGUGAAUUCCCUCCCAAGUCUGUUCAAUUGAAAAAACCAUUCUCCGUCGAACCCUGGAUUGCUUCAGAUGACAAUGUCGGGAAUCUUCUUAUGGCUUGGAGAUUCUGCUUAAAUUUUGCAGACAUUCUCGGGCUUUGGCCUUUCACACUUGACGAAUUUCUUCAAGCUUUCCAUGACUAUGAUUCCAGAUUGUUGGCUGAGAUACAAAUUGCUCUUUUGAAACUGAUUAUAAAAGAUAUUGAAGAUGUUGCUCGCACUCCUUCUGGUGGGCCUGGGACAAAUCAGUAUAGUGCUGUCAAUCCUGAAGGUGGACAUCCUCAAAUAGUUGAAGGGGCAUAUCUUUGGGGUUUUGACAUACGCAGUUGGCAGAGGCUCUUAAAUCCUUUGACGUGGUCUGAAGUACUGCGCCAAUUUGCACUCUCUGCUGGAUUUGGACCUCCAUUAAAGAAAAAGAGAGAACGCACUUGUUUGAAUGAUUCUGAUGAGACUAAAGGUUGCGAAGACAUUGUGUCCAACCUUCGAAGUGGUUCGGCAGCUCUUAAUGCUGUUGCAAUUAUGCAAGAAAAAGGGCAUAUGUCACAACGCAAAUCCAGGCAUCGGCUGACACCAGGGACUGUGAAAUUUGCUGCUUACCAUGUUCUCGCUCUCGAGGGAGACAAGGGCUUGAAUGUUCUAGAUAUUGCGGAAAGGAUUCAAAAAUCUGGUUUACGUGACCUUUCAACCAGCAAGACUCCAGAAGCCUCUAUAUCUGUUGCUUUGUCAAGGGAUCCAAUACUUUUUGAAAGAAUUGCUCCUUCAACAUACAAUGUUCGACUUGCUUUUAGGAAGGAUCCUGCUGAUGCUGACGCAAUUAUUUCAGCAGCCAAGGAGAAAAUACAAAGAUAUGCUAAUGGGUUUCUCUCUGGACAAAAUGUUGAAGAUGAAGAAAGAGAUGACGAUUCUGAAGGUGAAGGUGAUGUUGCUGAAGGUCCAGAAGUCGAUGACUUGGGUACUUCAUAUGGUGCUAACAAGAACAAUGAACAAAGCAGCCUACUUGACACCUGCUUGGUGAAUGGAAAAAGUAAGCUAUCUGAUGAGAUUGGACAACAAAUUGGAGUUGAUGUUGUUGGUAUUGCGGUUAGUAACCCCAGCCAAGGCUGUUCAGAAAUUGACGAGACCAAAGCAGGUGAGCCAUGGGUUCAAGGACUCGCUGAAGGUGAAUACUCUGACCUAUGUGUUGAGGAGCGUUUAAGUGCUCUUAUUGCCUUGAUUGGCAUAGCAAAUGAAGGAAAUUCUAUCCGUGCAAUUCUUGAGGACCGUCUGGAUGCAGCAAAUGCUUUGAAAAAACAGAUGUGGGCUGAAUCCCAAUUGGAUAAAAGACGAUUGAAGGAGGAGACAAUCAAUAAAUUUAAUGAUAGUUCCUUCAAUGUUGUGGUUGAGGGUAGCCAAAGCCCAUUGGGGUAUCCAAACAAUAAAAAUCAUGGGACAUCACCAACCACACUGGUAAAGGAUGACUCUGCUGGUAUAGUAGACAAUCUUCAGAACCACUUUGAAAGCAUUCCUGCUGAGAAGAGUUCAGCCGCACAAGAAACCUUUGUGGGUCAAUUUGCUGUACCAAGUGGGAAUACAGCAGAAAGGUCACGCAUGCAGUUAAAAUCUUUCAUUGGCCACAAAGCAGAAGAGAUGUAUGUGUACAGGUCUUUGCCUUUAGGUCAAGACCGGAGACGCAAUCGUUACUGGCUAUUUGUUGCCUCUGGUUCUAGCGAAGAUCCUGGUUCUGGCAGGAUAUUUGUUGAAUCACCUCAUGGCUGCUGGAAACUUAUUGACACUGAAGAGGCAUUUGAUUGUCUUUUGGCUUCUUUGGAUACUCGAGGGGUUAGGGAAUCACAUUUGCAUAUUAUGUUACAAAAGAUUGAGGGUCCUUUCAAGGGGCGCGCACGGCAAAACAUGUCUUGUGGAGCUAGUUCAAACCCAACAUCUGGUGUAAGUGCAGACAGUCCUGGCAGUGCCAUAUAUGGCGUGAGUUCUGAUAGCUGGGAAACAUCUUCUUCUUUUAAGAUUGAGCUCGGAAGGACCGAGGAAGAGAAAAAGAAUGCCUUACAGAGAUACCAAGUUUUUCAGAUCUGGAUGUGGAAAGAAUGUCUCAGCUCAUCAAUUUUAUGUGCCAUGCGGUAUGGGAAGAAAAGGUGCUUGCCACUUUUGGGCAUUUGUGGCCACUGUUUAGAUUCUUACCUUUCUGAAGAGGGUAUUUGCCCUUCUUGCAACAAGAUGAAUUGCGAAGUUGACAUGAACGGCAAGUUCAUUGAGCAGGCAAUGGAUUCUAUGGACAAUCUGAAAAUUGAUUACAAUAAUUUGGUGGUUUCAAACGCUUGUCCUGUAAGAGUAAGAUUAAUGAAGGCCGUAUUAAGUUUCACUGAGGUUUGUGUGCCAUAUGAGGCACUUCAAUCAUCUUGGACAGAAGACUGUAGAAAGACAUGGGGCCUGAAACUGCAAAAUUCGUCAUCUCCUGAGGAUCUUCUCCAGAUUCUGACUCAGUUAGAGGGUGUCAUCAAUCGUGAUUACUUGUCUGCUGACUAUGAGACUGCACAAGAAUUGAUGGGUCUAUGCGCUUUAUCAAGAAAAACUGCUCUUGAAUCUACUUACCCUGAACCUGUGCCACAGCUCCCAUGGAUACCUCAGACCACCUCUGCAGUGGCUCUCAGACUUUUGGAGCUUGAUUCCUCCAUAUCCUAUGAUCCUCAGCAGAAAACUGAGGCUGAGUUGAAAAAUAAAGUAGAUUGCCUUCCAAAGCCAUCUUUGGGGUAUGCUUCUUUGAAAGAUCCACAAAAGAUAGAAGCAACAGUGAUGGAUCAUGGACUAAUGAGAGAGGAAAACUGGGAUUAUCUCAACAAUAUGCCUAGCAGCUCAAGAAGUAGGCAAGUUGUUCGUGGGAGGGGAGGCAGUCGUCCUCGUGGAAAGCUGCAAAAAGGAACUACUAGCAAACAACCAGAGUCUGGCAGGACUGUUGUAAGGCCUAGUGAGACGUUAACUCAAGUUCUUAUUAAGCAGGGAGAAACGCAUGGGCAGAGACAUGUACGAGGUCGCCGAACUGUCAGGAAGAGGAGAAUAGAACAGAAAAUUGUGGAAGAGGCUCAACCAGAUUAUUUGGGUGACAGAAGCAGCCGGCUAAGUCUUGUAGUAUCACCUAGAAAGCAUGUGACAGAAGAGUUCGACAUGAAUAUGGAAGGAAUAGAAGCCACAAAUGACAAUAGUAUUAGUAUGGAAGCUGCUGAAUCUGAUGAUAGUGCUCCUGAAAAUACAUAUGAUUUUAAUAGGAGUGAUCUAAUGGAUAUGUCAGAUGAGGAUCAGGUUGUUUCUGCCGGUGAUGGAAUUGAAGACGACAAUGACGAUGAAGAUGAUGAUGACAACGACAACGCUGAUAGAUACAGAAGCCAUGGUCAAAAUCUGGGAAGAUAUGUUAACAUGGAUGACGACUCAGAUAGAGAUGGGGAUGUCAAUGAGGAUCAAGAGUCGGGCUCUUCAGAGUCUGAAGAUUAUAGUGAUUGAGGUUGCCAAGAUUUUUGUGGGGCUUGACAACUGCAAUAUAGCUCUGAUGGUUGAUCGCCAGAACACAGAGGUUCAGUGUGAUGCGUUCGUUCUUCUUUUAAGGAACUUUGGUAUUCUUUUGAGAUGAAGCCCAAGAGCUGGCUUGUCUUUGUAUAUAGUGUUAAAGGAGCAGAGUUUUGUUACACUUUAUUAUCAUAGAACAAUAGUAUAAAAAAUUGGUAGUCAGUCGAGAGUUCGAAUACCGUCGUGCAAUCAUCUAUUAAGAGGGGCUGUUGGUGAUCAAAAUCAUCUAUGUCAAAUUCUACAGUUGCACAUUUCUGAUCAUUUUUACUUCAAUGUUAAAAUGAUUGAUGGCUUAUCUAAAUGAUAGCUUGUUAGGCAAUA